AUGAUUGUUGUCAUGUAAAUUAAAAUAACAUUAUAUCUAUUAAUAAUAGGUAUAAUAAUCUUUUAUAACGUACAAAUAUUAAAAUAAUAAAUAAAUUUCUUUUGGUUUCAAUACACAUAAUAUUAGUAAUGCUAUUUUACAAUACCUUGGGGACAAAUAUGACACAACCGGAAAGCUAUAUCCGAAGGUACCAAAAGCCCGGGCAAUAGUUAAUCAUCGAUUGUGCUUUAAUUUGGCUAUGUAUUAUCGUAGUAUUGCUGAAUAUGUGGUGGCUCCUAUGUUCUAUGAUUAUAAAAGAACCCCUCUGGGUUUGAAAAAAAUGACAAUAGCAUUAGACGUUUUUAACACAUAUUUACAACGUGAGAAUACAGAAUAUGCUGCGAGUAAUACGCUGACUAUUGCCGAUUUCCCUUUAAUCACUGCAACCAUGUGUCUAGAAGCGAUCGAUUUCAAAUUAAAUGCAUGGCCUUACGUAGAAAAAUGGUACAAUAAUUUUAAACAGAAACAUCCAGAAUUAUGGGAAAUCGCUGAAGAAGGUAUGCGAGUACUUAGUUAUUGCGAGAAGAAUCCGCCUGAAGUGUCUAUGGACCAGCAUCCGAUCCAUCCACUUCGCAAAAAUAAGUAGUUCGAUGCUAAGUAUAAUUAUUGAGUAUAACAGAUCUAUGUGAAAUGCUAAAAUAUUUGCAACUAUUUCUAAAAUUAGGUAUUAAUAUCACUAUGUUCUAAUAAAUUAAACAUUUUUAUUGACAUAACGUGAUAGUUGUAAUUCUUUGAAUAUUAAUUUUAAAUUAACUAAAGCUAUGAUGUAUAUACAUAUAUGUAAUAAAUACUCUAACAAUUAUAUAUAUUUCUUUAUGUAAGUACAACGUUUAAUGAUUUGUAUAUAAUUGACCAUAUGCGUCAUACAGUUAGAGAGUAUUCUAUUUGAGCUAAAUGUAUAAUGUAUAAUAAUAUGGAAAUAAACAAGUAACGAUGACAAUUGCUUAUACAUUUGUACAUAUUUGUUGACAAUUAUAACAAAUUUUUACAACUUUGUUAUAAAAAUAACGCUUGUUAAUAAAUCAAAAUAUAAAGAUUGAGUAUUUCGGAACAUCUUGCAUAAAUCAUGCAUUCUUACCUACAAUACUGAAAUUGGACAAUGAAUCAAUUAUUUCAAGUACGAAAAUAAGUUUUUAUAAGUUACUUGUACUGAUAGUACAGAAUAUAUGUAUAUAACACAUCAAUUGAAAUCUGUAUGUAAUUUAACUUUCCAUCAUUUAUUACCUUAAGCAUUAUUAUAUGCUUUCACAUACUCAUCAAAUAAGCUGAUAACAACACGAAACAGAAGUUUUUCUUUUAUAAUGAAUUUAUGUUCACAUCAAAAAUUGAAAAUAACAUAAGAGCAUUGUUUAAACUUCAUCAAAAUGUAAUAUACACUGCUACAUAUAUUGUUAAUAUUAUAACUGUAUAUUGUUUUACAACAGAGAUUUAAUUAUUUAAAAGACGAAAAAUGUGAUAAAAAUGCGAUUUAAGUUGAUUUGUUAUAAAAGUUUAAAAAUUUCCCAAAUUUAUAGAUUUUACUUGAGUUAACAAAAUGAAAUGUUUUAGGAAAUGGAUAUUAAUAGAAUUGCAAUGUACAAUGUAAUAAGUGAUGAGUGAUAAUACAUACUAGUAGUCAUCUGACAUAUAUCAGUUUAAGUACAUAUAUUCAUACUUGUAUGCUGAUCCUAAAUAAAAUUACAAAGUUAUAUGAUAAAAUACAAAUUUAUGUGGCUUUUUAUUUCUAGUCAUAUAGCAAUUCUUAUAUGGAAGUAAAAUUCAAAUAUAUCCAUACUACAAAUUGACUGACUAACUGAUAUAUUAUACAUAAUGUAUGCAUAAUUUAAUUGAGCGAAUAUUCUAAUUUCUUACUGCGUAAAAGAAAAAUUGGCAAUAUUAUUUGUUGAUAAGAACACUUUGAUAAAGAAUUUUGAUAAUUCUUUUUAUAUUUUACUUAGUCAAUUAAGAUUAAAAUAUUAAGUUAGAUAAGAAAGUAACAUUAUACAUACAUAUGUAUAAUAAGAUAACAACUUCAUAUAAGACCGCAAGAUAAUUACAAACAUCUAAUUCAACGAAAAACUCUUUUUGCCUAUUUUAUUCAUUUUUAUCCAUUGCUAUGAUAUUUGAUUGUCUUUAUAGUAUACAUAUAAAUCAUGUAUUUGUAGAUUAAUGUUGUUUAUAGUGUUAAUACUGAUGGAAAAAUUCUAGUAAAAAAAUGAGACUUGUUAUUUAAAAAUAACUAUAUAUUUAAAAAUAUUUAAAAGAAUUUAUAGAGAUAAAGAACAAGUAAAAUGUGUAAAAGAAUUUGUGUUAAAGUUGAAGUAUUUAACUUUGAUUUUUAACUACUUUAUAGUACAGUCAGUAACAAUAAAUAUAAAUUAAAGGAUUACUUUUUGAUAUUUGAAAUAUUAUUUAUAAUCCGUAAUUAAAUUUAAACAUUUAAAGUAAUAAAUUCAAGAAUAUGAAUUAAAUUUAAUUACAAAUACAAAAUUAUAAUUGCUUCUCUGAAUUUAUUCAAAACAUUUAUUUGAAAAAAUAUGACGAUAAACUUCCUUGCAGAAAUUACGAAUAUUGUCUAUCACUAUUGUUUUUUUCUUUUGAUUAUAUUGUUUCAGCAUGGAUUAAUAAUAACAUAAUUGAUAAUAGAUAAAUAGUCUUUUAACUCAUUAAAUGCAAUUGUAAUUUAAAUUUCUGUUCUAUAUUUAAUGCAAAAAAAAAUAAAAUUAAUUUUUAAGAAAAGAAUGUAAGGAAAUGUAUAGAAACAUUGCUUUAUUUUCUCUUUCAAAUUAAGAUUUGUCUUUUAUGCCUAAAUUUGCCUAAAUCUUGUUAUGUGCUAAUCUUAUUUUCUGUAUAUAAAAUUUAUAUUACAAAUUUAUAUUACAUGUACUAAAUAGAUGUAAUAUAAGGUAGGUAGAUCACUUCAAUGGGAUCACGUAAAUAUUUUUAAUUAAGAACCAUUUCAUUUUAACGAAAGAACCAUUUUUCUAAAUAUUAUGUUUUAAGAUAUUUUAAGGACAUCGGUAUAUUUUUAAACUGAUUUUAAAUUAAUAUUUUUUGAUUUUCAAUGAUAUUAGUAUCUGAUUCCGACUUUAUUUUGAUUGUUUAAUCUGAAAAUAUUCUAUUUUAAAAAUAUUAAAAAAUUUUUAAAGGUGAAUUUUUAUGCCUUUUUUACGCAUCUCUCAAAUCAUCGUAGAUAUUUAGAUGAUCCCAUAUAUACAAUAUGUGCAAUAUGAUUCACUUAGUAUGAUCCAUAUCAAACAGAUAAACAUUUAUAUUUUACAAAAAUUAUGAAUCCAAACCAAUAUGAAAUAACAAGCUUUAAUAACAAAACCUUAAUAACAAAAUUACAAUUUGUUUUUUUCCAAAUAUUCGUAACUGAUAUCAAUAACAAAAUGAAUAUAUUUUAAACAAAAAAAUUUUUACAUUUCAUACAUUUGUUAAAAAAAAUAUAUUUUAUUAUAUACUCUUAUUAUUA